AUGCUAGCUGGCUAGCAGUGCUACGUGAGAAUAAUGAAGACUUCUAAUGGCAACACGAGUAUCAUGGACAUGUUUGAAAAGGGAAAGGUGCUGAAAAUAUGUGCCCCAAUGGUUCGAUAUUCAAAGCUUGCAUUCAGGUCCUUGGUGAGGAAAUACAACUGUGAUAUCUGCUUCACCCCAAUGAUAGUUGCGUCUGACUUCAUGCGAUCUGUCAAAGCCAGAGACAGUGAAUUCACUACCAAUGAACAUGAUCGGCCCCUAAUAGUGCAGUUUGCUGCCCAUGAUGCCCAGACUCUGGCUGAUGCAGCCUGUGUGGUAGCACCUUUCUCAGAUGGAGUUGACCUCAACUGUGGCUGUCCCCAAAGAUGGGCUAUGUCAGCUGGCUAUGGUGCAUGUCUCAUCAACAAGCCUGAACUUGUAAAAGACAUGGUCAAACAUGUCAGAAAUCAAGUGGACAAUCCAAACUAUACAGCCUCAAUCAAAAUCAGAAUUCACAAGGACCUGAGACAGACGGUGGAUCUGUGCCAGAAGGCUGAAUCAGCCGGUGUGUCGUGGAUAACAGUCCACGGCCGUACAUCAGAUGAACGCCACCAGCCAGUCCAUUAUGAUGCCAUAAAGACAAUCAAAGACAGCGUAUCCGUCCCUGUCAUUGCCAAUGGGGACAUAAAGUACCUCCGAGAUGUGGAGUCUACUCACCAGCUUACUGGUGUGGAUGGUGUGAUGGCUGCACGGGGAUUACUUGCUAACCCCGCCAUGUUCACUGGCUAUGAGGAUACUCCAUUGGAGUGUAUAUGGGACUGGGUGGACAUCUCUAUUGAGCAGGGCACUCCAUUCACCUGCUUCCACCACCAUCUAAUCUACAUGUUGGAGAGGGUCAGCUCCCAGCCUGAGAGAAAAGUGUUCAAUUCUCUGUCCAGUACCUCAGCUGUAAUCGAUUACCUCCAAAACACAUACGGGUCAGUGCAUGAUCUGGGAACAUGUAAAAGUCAUUAUUUUCGAUUUGCUGGUUAUCUUCAGAGACCUUCAGUAGAGAUGACGCUGCAGUGGACUGCUGUGGCCCUUUUUCUCUAUGUGGAAAUUGGCAUUCUUGUCAUCCUCUGUUUACCCUUCAUCUCAGCCAGGAGAUGGCAGAGUAUUUUCCACCUGAGGAUAUGGAACAGUCUGACAUGGAUAUGGAACAAAGUGUUUCUCACAAUGAUCAUUGUACUUAUUGUUCUCUUCCUUGAUGCAGUGCGUGAGGUGAGGAAAUAUUCAGGUAAAGAAGUUGGCACAGAUGCUAAGCUGCAACCGAACAUGUAUGAUCACCUGCACAUGAAGCUUUUCAGAGCCCAGAGGAACCUCUACAUCUCUGGCUUUGCUGUCUUCCUCUGGCUGGUUAUGAGGCGAGUGAUCACCUUGAUUAACCAACUGGCAUCAGUAUCCAGCACCACGGCUGCUCUUCAGGCACAGGCUGACGGUGCUAACAAGGCUGCCAAGAAAUACAUGGAGGACAAUGAGCUGCUGAAACAGACUCUGAUGGAAGGGAAGGGUGAUAAGGCUACCGCAGAGGGGAUGGAGCUGUUAAGGAAAAACGUGGAGAAAUUGAAAGAAGAGCUGAAGACCUCAGUAGAUGCCCUGAAGAACUCGCAGUCCGAGUCAGAUGCAAUGAAGAAGCAGAUGGAGGGCCUUGCCAGGGAGUACGACAGGCUGUUGAAAGAGCAUCAGGAGCUUCAGAAUCUUCAAGAUAGUGGAAACAAAAAGGACGACUAGCAAUCGUUAAAUGCUUAAAGGUUGAAGUGAUUAUCAGGCAACUUGGCCCCAAUCCCGAGAGAGCCACUGCAACACGAGCUUUAUCUUCAUGCAACACCUCGUGUCACAGCACAUAUCACACAACUAGGAUUGACUCCUCUGAGGUACACACGUUGGCUGAUAACAGUGAUGGUUUUAAAGGUGAAGUUUUAUGAGGGCACUAGACUGGCUUAAAUGCAAAGAGUACCAUUUGAUGGCGUCCUGCCUCUGCUUGGCACAGUGUGACUAAGCAGAUUGCUUUUACAAGUGCACACUCGAUCAGGCAGAUUAAUUGUGCAAGGUAAUUGCUGAGAAUUCAGCCGUUAAUCGGCCCAUUUCUGAUCACAGAGCCCUUAAUAUGUUAAGGGAAUAUGCAACAAGGAUGGGUGGUGUUUUAUGGUUUGUCUCAUUUGUUUUUAGCCAAGUGUGCCGUGUAGAGCAGAAGAUUUGUCAGAAGCUAGAGCACUCUAUCGCUGUGGUCAACAGCUAUGAAUGUAUUUUGAUACAAAGGUUUUGUUUCUUUAAUGGUGUAUGUAGCAGGGACACCUGCCACACCCACUUUGAGCUUGAUAGCUGUAUGUAAAUGAGUCUGUGCUUACAUGGCUGUUCAAAUAUAUUUUGCAUGUGCACCUGCACCUAGAGAAGUUAUCCUUAACUGUUGUUGUUUUACACUUGAUAAUCUGUACUUUUUUUUUUUUACCUAAGUAGAGGUGGUGAAUGAUAGUAAUGGGAGAUUUCCAUUUCUUAAUGUUCUUUUGUCUUUAGUUUCUUCCUUAAUUCCUUAAAAUCCAAUGUAUCCGUGGAUAUAUAUUACAACUGAAUAUCUGUCGGGAUAUGGAAUUGGAUUCAACCACUUAUAAUCUUAGUUAAGGUUUAAUAAAAUAAAAAAGAUUAAUCUGGGUCACGGGUAGGAGUUCAGAUAUGUCUUGUGUAUGUUUCUGAGCCACAGAAGCCUCAGACUUGUAAAUUUGCUCCACUGCAAGUUUCAAGCGUUCAUAUUUGGGUCAGUGCAAGUUGUGUCUAUAUGUGUCAUGAAAAGAGGAUGCUCUGAUGAUUAGAUUUGAGUUUUCCAGACAGAGGUGUUGAAAAUGUAAUCAUUGGAUGCUUCAACAUCCCCCCGCCCCCCUUUUUUAUGAUAAAUAAAUAGCUUAUUGCCACAGUUCAGGUCAUGUAUUUGCAAAACGCCUGCUGGAGUUGUGUUCUCACAUCUCUGAUUUAGACAAAUAUCUGCUAAACGUGCCUUUUUUAUUUGGAUGUAGUACAUUUUGUUUAACAAACACACACUUCUUCAUGCUCUGCCUCGUUUUGAAUAAUUGGCACAUUGAAUACAUACCACCAACACAUAAUUUGAUUGGAUAUUAAAAGUUUUAUUUUAGUAUUACAUUUAAGAUAUCCUUUGAAAUUUUACAAAAAUAAUCCAAGAAAGUUAUUUACAUUCUGAUUUCUUUAAUGCAAGUUAAAUGCCUUACAUUAGUGAGAUAAUGACUUCCUUCCUCUAUACCACUUGCUGCUCCUCUCUGAGUCUAUUCUUCACCUGUGCCUGAAACUGAACCUGAAUUCAAAAGACAAUACAGUCACCACAUACUGUAAGUUGCCAACAUGGUACAUAUCCAUUUGGGCGAUAAAGUCUUGAUAAUCCGCUGCACAUUUACAAAGACAAAAGUAUCAUUUUUUGAAAACAAUUGUUUUGCGAUACAGUAGCUAAUCAAUAUAUUUUACUUUGAGGAAUUAUUUUGACAGAAUCCACACAAUAGUGUUCUAAAUUUGGGAUGAAGCUUUUUAUGAGAAUAAAAUGUGAUAGGAAAAACCUAAGAAUUAGACCAUGAGGUUUCUGUAAAUGGGUUUUGGAACAGGAGAUCAUGCAUGUGCAAAAAUACAGGGAAAAAAAAAAACGGAACCUUAAAGAGACUGAUCAAUAACA